CAUCUAAAUGUGUGGUAGCUGGAUAGAGCUUCUUUCUGUACUCCUACACAGGAAGGAGUGAGAGGCCCCUGGAGUCACCGGCACUGGGAGCGCGGCAGCAUAUACGGUGAAAAUGACAACCUUGCUUCUGCUGUGUGUGUCUCUGCCCGUCAUCUUUGGAACAACAGUGAAAGGCCCUUAUGAUGAAGACGGCUCAUUGCACGUCAGCAUCCCUGUGAUGAUUCCUUUCCGUCCUCUGCUGGGAGGCAAGGUAGAGGUGCCAUGCUACUUCACCAUGAAAGAUCCCAAGGCAACCAUCAUCAACCCGCUAUCCCAUCGAAUCAAAUGGUCCUAUGUCACCAAGGAGAAGGUCUCCCAAAUCCUGGUGGCGUCGGAGGGGAAGGUCCAUGUUGAGACAGAGUAUUUGGACAGGGUGACAUUGGUCAACUACCCGCAGGUUCCUACUGACGCUACCAUUGAGAUAACAGAGCUAAGGUCCAAAGACUCUGGGACCUACCUCUGUGAGGUGGUCCAUGGCAUUGAGGGAAGCAAGGACUCUGUAAACAUCCAGGUUCAAGGUAUUGUAUUUCACUAUCGUGCCAUCUCCACCCGCUACACUCUAACAUUUGAAAAAGCCAAAAAGGCCUGUAUCCAGAACAAUGCCACCAUCGCUACCCCCGCACAGCUUCAAGCUGCUUACGACGACGGAUACCACCAGUGUGAUGCUGGAUGGCUUUCAGAUCAAACUGUCAGGUACCCCAUUCAUGAACCUCGGGAACCUUGCUUUGGAGAUAAGGAAAACUUUCCUGGAGUGAGAACCUAUGGCGUUAGAGACGUUAACGAAACGUAUGACGUGUACUGCUUUGCUGAAAAGAUGUCAGGCAGAGUCUUCUACUCCAUGUCUGUUGACAAGUUUAGCUUCCAAGAAGCCCAAGACCAGUGCGUCAAACUGGGUGCGAGGCUGGCCACCACCGGAGAGCUGUACCUUUCAUGGAAGAACGGCAUGGAUGUGUGUAACGCCGGUUGGCUGGCAGACCGCAGUGUGCGCUACCCAAUCAACAUCCCCAGGCCUCAAUGUGGAGGGGGGCUUGUAGGAGUAAGAACUGUUUGGUUGUUCCCCAACCAAACUGGAUACCCCCACCCAGACUCUCGCUAUGAUGCGAUCUGCUUCCAAGAGAGUGGAGAUGAAGAUGCUGUGCCUGGGAGGACCACACCUUUCCCAGUCUUCAUCCAGUAUGUAACGCCCCCUGAGCAGUACCCAGCCACAACGCCUCCCCCUGGGACAAAAGAGAUCAAGACUGGAGGAGUAGUAACUCUCUCCCCACUGCCAGGUGAAGAUGUGGAGAUGAGUCCCACAGGUGUGGUGUUCCACUACAGGCCCAUCACUGGCCGGUAUACUCUGACCUUCUCGGAGGCCCAGCAGGCUUGCCGGAGUGUCGGAGCCGUCAUCGCCAGCCCCCAGCAGCUGCAUGCCGCCUUUGAGAGAGGCCUGCACCAAUGCGACGCUGGCUGGCUGCGCGACCAAACCGUGCGGUAUCCGAUUGUGUCACCCAGAGAAAACUGCGCUGGUAACCUGCUCAACCUUCCGGGAGUGAGAUCGUACGGCCUGAGACCAGCCAUCGAACGCUACGAUGUCUUUUGUUACGUGGAUGGUUUAAAAGGCGAGGUCUUCUUCACCACCGACUAUGACAGCUUCGCCUACGAUGACGCCGUGCAGCACUGCCAGAAACUCAACAGCACCCUGGCCAACCCCGGGCAGCUGUACGCCGCCUGGAAACUGGGACUAGACAAAUGCACCCCUGGCUGGCUCAUGGAUCGCAGCGUCCGCUACCCCAUCACAACCCCCAAGUCUUACUGCGGAGGCGGCCAGGCUGGGGUGCACACCAUUUACCAGUUCCCCAACCAGACGGGAUUUCCUGAUGAGCACUCACGCUACGAUGCCUACUGCUUUAGAGCUCACAUUCCUGUUGUUCAUUCCGAAAAUGUCACCUCCGACAAUCAGACGAUAGAGAUUACAGAUGCCAUUGAGAGUAUAACCGUCAGACCGAUUCACGUUGCUCCCCCUGGUGAGAAAAAACAAGGAUUUUUGAUCUGUGCUUAUAAUGUUGACCUGUUUGGCCUUUUCACUGUCCUGCUGAUUAUUCAACCUACUGCCAGCUACAAUGAAACGACUGUGAAAACGAUCGACUUUGAGGUUAUCAACAAAACAAGCAAUACAUAUGAAACUACAGUACCAGUCGAUGCGUCGGGCUCCGGUUCAGCUGAGCAUUCGGCCAGCGGCGACAUCUCAGGGGACUCUUCCACAUCCACCUCCAGCGGUGACACAUCCGGUUCAGGACAGACCGUCACCUUCAGCGGGCUCCCUGAUGUGCUUUCCGGCGAGCCGUCCGCCUCUGGAAGCCCACAGGAGGGGAAGGAGGGCAGUGGUGUUUUCAUCCCCCCUGGAGAUUUGGGUAGCACAUCUGGAGCUGAAUCUGGAUCUGGCACCAUUACGUCAGGGUCAGGCUUCAGCAGUGGAAGCGGGGACAUCAGUGGUAGUGGCGAUGGCAAGGAGGUCCCCCUGGUGGAUGGAAGUGUCUCUGGAUCAGGAGAUAUGUCUGCUUCCGGCUCUGGUGGGUUUUCUGGCAUCGUGUUUGUCGACCCCAGCGGCAUUGACAUGACGCCCCAGCAAUCCGGGGAGCAAGAAGCAUCUGGAUCUCAGUUUUCUGGAUCGGGGUACAGCAGUGGUUUUCCCAGCGGUCUUCCCAGCGGUCUUCCCAGCGGUCUUCCCAGCGGUUUUCCCAGCGGUUUUCCCAGCGGUUAUCCAUCUGGUGCUUCAGGCAGCGGCUCUUCCUCUGGAGACCCUUUCCCAAAGUAUGACAAAGUCAUCUUCAUAACUAAGGAUGAAAAGGCUAAAGCGAUCAUAGACAUCGCCGAAGAAGGCCGGGGUGUGGUAGAGAUCAGCGGUGAAGGCAGCGGGUCAGGGAUCCACCACCAAUACAGUGGCAGUUCAGGACAAUCGUCGGGAAGCGGAGCGCCUACUGUGAAGGCCUAUACAGAGUACAUCCCCACUGUUGACCAGUCAGGAUCAGGAGGUUCUACUGAGGAGAGCUACUCUGCAACCGCAGCUUAUUCCCUCACCCCAGACACCAUCUACGCCAGGCCAACCGUGGCUCCAGUAGCAUCAUUAGUAACUCCAGCCGUUGAGGACCAUCCUGAAGUGGAUGAAGCCAAGGAGGGCUGCCCUGGUGACUGGGUGGAGUUCGGCAGCAGCUGUUACCUCCACUCUGACGAGAGGCUGACUUGGUCCGAGGCAGAGCAGCGCUGCGGGGAGCUCGGCGGCCACCUGGUCAGCAUCGGCUCGCUGGAAGAGCAGCACUUUGUCAACUCCAAUGGAGAGAACUAUCAGUGGAUCGGACUCAAUGACAAAGACGUGCAGAGUGAGUUCCACUGGACAGACGGGAGUCCUCUGUCCUUCGAGAACUGGAGGCCCAACCAGCCGGACAACUACUUCGGUUCUGGGGAGGAUUGUGUGGUGAUGAUCUGGCAUGAAGAGGGCCAGUGGAACGACGUCCCCUGCAACUACCACCUUCCUUUCACCUGCAAAAUGGCACCUGUCAUGUGUGGAGCUCCCCCCGAGGUGGAACACGGCAUUCCGAUGGGCGGCAGCAGGGAUCGCUACCCUGUCAACUCUAUGAUCCGCUACCAGUGUAACCCAGGCUUCACACAGCGCCACCUGUCGGUCAUACACUGUAUGGCAAACGGAGAGUGGGAAGAGCCACAAGUCCAGUGCAUAGAGGCUGGAGCCAACAGCAACAGGCUACACAAAAGGUCCUUGAGGAGAAGAAGUAAAGGUGUCAGCAGCCAACAGGAACAGAGGGAACUGCUCUGAGCAGGACUGAAAGGACAUACAACAGAGAGCCACAAAAGAGCCUUCUUCUAAAGAAGCAUGGACACUAAUACAAAUGCCAGACCAAAAAGAUAGCAUGCCCUACCCUGUAUAUACACACACACACACUAAAGCACAUUUAGACAGUGAUUAAAAUAAAUAAACAACGAGGGAUGUCCCUGAUCUUUGAAUGUCACCCUGCAACCUCUGAAGGCAGUUUUCCUCUGACAUAAACCUAAUUUAUGAUUCUGCAUCCUGCAGCUAAACCUGUUCUGUUUCUGUUGCCACUGUUCGCAAAGUAGAAACUAUGCAACGCUCGUUUUUUUCAAGAGGCUGAAGAGUAACAUGCAAAGAGCUUAGGAAGUGUUUUCAGUUCAAACUGACUUUUAUUAUAUUCUACCAUAUUUUUUUUUUCUAGAUCUGUGUUGCUUAGAAUUGUUUUAGGUGUUAGCUUCUUCCUUUUAGGUGCGACACAGUGGAUACCGAGCUCUCUGGUUGCGUCGCAGACGACCGGUGCCGAAUGGUUGUUUCAUCUGUUUUCUGAGAGAUGAAGGGGAAACAAACGUUACACUUUGUCUUGUCACAACAGUAAGCUUGGCAUCCACCGUGCUGCCAGACUGAUACGUUAUGAAAACACGACUCAGCCAACCUGGAUUGAAAUAAUGGGCACGUAUGCACUUUGGAGACUUCUGUCAUGUCUGUGCUAAUCAUUUGAAUCCAGUGCACCUUAAAAACUGUUCGAAAAGCAAGAAUAACUUUUCUGUAGCUGUUUUUUUUUUUUUUUUUUACACAUCAAGUGAGAAGUGGCAGGAAAACAGGACCUUGCAAAAGCGCUUAUAACCCUCUAAACGACAAACUUCAGUGUAUUUAUUGUGACUUUUUGUGUCAGACUAACACAAAACAGUGCAUAAUUGUGAAAAAGGAAAAAGCAUGAUAGGUGUUUUCAUGAUUUCCAAAUAAAGCUCUGAAGAUGAGCCAUUCAUUUGCCUCGAGAAAACUGAUGUUCACCGGAAAAUGAUGCACUGCUUUGUCUAGGUCUGGCAGAGAAGCCCCAGCAAAAUACAUGGAAGUUUGGGAUUGUGACAAAAUGUGAAAAAACUUCAAGGGGACCGGAUGUUUUUGCAAGGCACUGUAUAUCCCUGAACUACACCUUGGAGGGUAUUCUAAUAGCGUAAAAGGUGAGCAUCUGCUUUUGCACACUUGAUCCUUAUUUAUCACAUCCCAAGUGCAAACCGGUGCCUUUGUUUCUGUCUCCAUCAGUGUUUGCUGUGGAAGUGAGUUUCUCCCUGUAAAUAUCCUCUCUGUAAUUGUCUGAACAGCAGGAUCUGUCCGUAACAGCGCAGGCAGUUUGAACUUUUUUUUAGACUUCCGGUAUUUAUCAUUGACGAGUUUGCUGAGUGGUUGAUUCCUUAAGAGCCAGCUGUGCAGCGGAGGACGGGCAGAAUUUCAUGUUUUCAUGGCUUUGUGCUGUAUUUUAGAGAAAUCACCAAUGUUCAUUUCUUCUUGAUCACUUGUGAAGGUGGGAGAAGUUGAGCAAGUACACAUCAUAAAAGUGGGUUUGAUGAGGCUUUUAAGGUCAGCUCUCAGAGAAAACCAAUAAUUUGAUCCAUGUUUCCUACAGUGGAGCUCUAAACCUUUCAGUGUUUCAGGGACACAGCUUGAAAUAAAGAAAAGACAAGUGUCUAUUCUGAUGUAGCUGAGGUUUACAAGUCUGUUUAGAAUAUGGCGAAAUUUCACCAGGGGCAGCCAAGGUGGGGGUUAAGGUUAGGGUAGAGGAUGCCCUGAGGAUUUGGAGGUCAUAAAAUAAGUAUGCGUCCGUGUUUUGACAUUUCCUGGUUUUUAAUAAAAUAAAAGACCAUAACAAACUAAACAUAGAUUAACUACUGUUGGGACCUUGUCCAGAUGUUGACCCCUGAUGUGACCCCACAGCUCUGUUCACCAAAUAAAACGUUGGCCUCAUUUGU